AUGACUACGAGUCCUCCAUUAUCAAGCGAUGAUGAAUUUCAAGAAGAAAGUAAAUCAACACUUAGAAAGUUGAUUCAAGAACAACUGCAUCUCCAAAAUGGUCAUGAUGAAGAACAACAACAAUUUAACGGUUUAUCCAAAGACUUGAAAUUAACUCGAUUAAAUAAUCUUAUUGAAAAAUCACAAAUAUAUUCAAAAAUUAUAGCUGAUAACAUCUUACAAUCAUCAUUACAAAUGCAACAGCAACAACAACAACAGGAACAGCAGCCUACCCCGGAAGAAACUCCUAAGCGUAAAAAACGUAAAACCGCGUCAUCCAAAAAGCAAAAUGCCCAAAAGGAUAUAGUCUCCAUGUUAUCCACCAACAUCUCCGAUUCGACAAAAUCAACCAGGGAAGCAAUUGAAAAAUCUCAAAGUUCAUCCAAUCAUUCAAUCCAACAACCUAAAUUACUCUCGGGGGCAACUUUGAAAGAUUAUCAAUUGGAUGGCUUAGAAUGGUUGGUUACUUUAUAUCAGAAUGGUUUGAAUGGUAUAUUGGCUGAUGAAAUGGGGUUGGGGAAGACGAUUCAAUGUAUUGCAUUUUUAAGUUUUUUGAUAGAAAAAGGGAUUAAAGGUCCUUUUUUGAUUGUGGUUCCAUUAUCGACGUUGUCGAAUUGGGAGAAUGAAAUUAGAAGAUUUGCACCAAAAGUGAAAGUAUUUAAAUAUGGUGGGAAUAAAGUUGAAAGAGCCAAGAUUAAUUUAAGAAAUAAAAAAGAUGUGAAUAUUAUUUUAACAUCUUAUGAAAUUUCAAUUCGGGAUUUUUCAAAACUUUCAAAUAUAAAUUGGAAUUAUUUGAUUGUUGAUGAAGGUCAUAGAUUGAAGAAUAAUGAAUGUUUAUUGAUUAAAUUCUUAAAGAAAUUGAAUGUGUCUAAUAGAUUAUUAUUAACUGGUACUCCAUUACAAAACAACUUGAAUGAAUUAUGGUCAUUGCUUAAUUUCAUCCUUCCCGAUAUCUUUCAUGACUUGGAAUUAUUUCAACAAUGGUUUAAUUUUGAUGAAUUAACAAAUUUUGCCGAUAAUGAAUUGGAAGAAGAUGAAGAAACCAAAAGAUUAAUUAAGAUAAAUAUUCAAGAAACCUUGAUUAAGAAUUUGCAUACAAUUUUGAAACCAUUUAUUUUAAGAAGAUUGAAACGUGAUGUGAUUUGGGAUCUUCCUCCCAAGAAAGAAUACUUGAUUCAUAUUCCAUUGACUCCAAUGCAACGAAAAUUGUAUUACGAUGCAAUUAAUAACAAAUUGGCCAAGGGAUUAAUUGAAGUUCAUUUGAAAGAAUUUAUAAAAUUUUAUCAUUGGGAUUUAUUUAAGCAUGAUUUGAACAAGAUUGACGAAUUUUUGGAAAAUGGAGGAGUAGUUAACAAACCAAACGGAUCUAAUAAAAGAAGUACAAGGUCUUCAUAUAAGGAAGCAGAAUCUGAUGAUGAAUUUACUGCAACUGAAAGUGAAACUGAUGUAUCAACUAUCUCCACUGAAUUUAAUUAUGAAGAAACAUUGUCCAGAAUCAAAAGUAUUCGUAAUAAAUCCCAACAACAAACCAUGAUUCUUGAAUCGGUUUACCAUUAUGUUUGCAAAAAUGUCAGACAUUUAUCAUUACAAAACCCCAUGGCUCAAUUACGUAACAUUUGUAAUUCUCCAUACAUCUACUAUGAUCCAACAUACUUACCAUCCCAAGAAUUACCCCAAAAUCACAGUGACGAAAAGUUCAUGAGAUCACUUGUGGCAAACUCAGCCAAAUUCCAAUUCCUCAACCAAAUAAUCCCACCAUUACUUUCCAACAAUCAUAAAGUUCUCAUAUUUUCCCAAUUCACCAAGUUGUUAGAUUUAUUACAUGAUUAUUUCACCAAUCAAGACAUCGCAGUUUGUCGUCUUGAUGGAUCCACUCCACAAUCUGAACGUCAAGACCAAAUCAACCAAUUUAAUAAAUCCAAAUCUGAAGAAAAAGUAUUCUUACUUUCAACAAGAGCCGGAGGAUUGGGGAUUAAUUUAGUAGGUGCCGAUACGGUGAUUUUGUUCGAUAGUGAUUGGAACCCACAAAUGGAUCUCCAAGCUAUUGAUAGAGUACAUCGUAUUGGACAAGUGAAUCCAGUUAAGAUAUAUCGAUUUAUUACUAGGGGAUCGAUUGAGGAGAUUUUGAUUACAAAAUCAAGUAAUAAGCGGUUUUUGGAACGGUUGGUUUUACAAAUGGGUGAGUUUAAGUUUAAUAAAUUGAAGAAAUUGAUUGGAGUUGAUAAUGAGGGUGAGGAUAAUAACGAGGAAUUGAAUGUUACGGAGUUGAUUGAGGUGACUAAACAUACUUUCCAUCCUGGUGACAGUGAUGAUGAUGCUGAUAUGGAUGAUUUGGAUAAGCAAUUUGAUGUUUUUUCAAAAGGAAAAGAAGAGAAGGAAUUGUUGACUACUGAAGAAUUUGAUGAGUUGUUGGAUCGUUCUGAUGAGUGCUAUUUAUCUACCGAUGACUCUCAAUUUAAGAAUAUUAGUGUGUUUGAGACUGUCAACAAUAUGGAUAAAUAG